GAACGACGAACAACACAUCAGUUUACGUAGUGCAACCAGCAGAAGAGCGGAAACGACUGACGAACAACACCACAUCUACUCCUGCUGUAUUUUUACAAAGAAAGAAGUAUAGCGAGUUAAAUUGCUUCGCCGUAAACAUACUAGUUAUCCUUUCAUCUGUCAUCCUAGACCAUGUUCGACUUCAUCUUCACCUUCUUCCUUGCCACUGCAAUAUUGGCCGCCGUCAUGGCACUGUCGGUGGCCAUUACACUGCCAUUCGCUGGUGCUCUUGUCAGGUGGCGCGCAAAUUACAAUCCCCUUGCGGUGGGUUUAGACCAAGAAUCCCGUGUCGGACCAACACUUACCACGCUGUUCGGGACUAUGAAACGCAUCAAGAGACUUGAAGGCUGGCAAGGAUUGUGGAAAGGAAUGUAUCCCACCCUGAUGUACUCUACUCUCCUUUCGGUACUAUCAAUCGUUUUUGUUGGGGGAUCCGCAACGAAAGGACCGAAAAACGCGUACAGCGUACCAGAAGCUGGAGGCGUUUUAAUGGCAAUUUUUACGAUUCUCCUCACCAUAAUCAGCUUGCCAAUGACCAUCCUCAUCAAUCGCGCGAUUAUCACCCCAUACAAACUUCCCAACUCAGUUAAGGGAUCGCUGCGCAUCCUAUUAACUCCCCUCGAACUGUCAAAACCCUAUACGCUGUAUCUGACACCUGGUCUCCUGGCCACUACAAUGACUCAUGUCGUGUGUGCCACGCUAUUAGCCAGGACAACGCGCAUUUUUUUCUUGGGCGUCUCCUCGGUGACCAACGAUGAGACGGUAGGGAACAUCGCUUGGUGGCGUUGGAUCCUCUACCUUGCCUGGCAAUGCUUAUCCACUCUUUGGUUCACUCCUCUUGAAGUCAUCGCCACGAGGCUAUCGGUGCAGCCAAACAAUUCUGGUGAUGCUUUGUCUACUGAAGAGGAAGCUCCUGAAGGAGUUUCUUUCUGUGGAGCUGGUGAAGAUGUGAUUGGUUUGCGACCUUCCACUGAACCGUAUUUAGGUAUGGCCGAUUGUGCAAAGAAAAUCAUCGAAGAAGAGGGGUGGGCAAGUCUCUACCGCGGAUUUUUAUUCACCAUGCUUGGAAGCGUGUUCGGGAGUACAGUAUAAGAUAUAAUACCCGAUUCCUCAAGCAAUUACCAACCAUGCAUGUUCUAUCAACAAAUCUGGUCCUACUCUACUGCAUUUGUACAUAAAACCGAC